AUGUUAGGAAGCAUAGCUCUCAAAGCUGGUCCUACCAGAUCCCUCUUGAGGGCUUCUGUUGGUCUCAAGUCUCUCACCAACCCAAAGCAUGUCGCCCUGAUGAGCCCUAUCGCCGUGCUUAAACCAUCCAUACAAAGAUCAUCUAUCAGAUUCAGUUCACAGAGCACAAACUCUGCUUCAUCGGAGGCUUCUAGCGUGGUCUCUAGCAUUCAAGACAAGUUGCCCGCCUUCGACUCAUCGGCCGUUCUGGAAGCGACCAACAUGACAUCGGAUCAGUUGGGAUACUUGAAUUCGAUUGGAAUGGCACAAGGCUGGGGAGUCACAGCAUGGAUGGAGACCCUUCUUGAAAAUGUCCAUGUGUACACUGGACUUCCAUGGUGGGGAACGAUCGUGACCACCGCCCUUCUUAUCAGGACUGUUCUUUUCCCACUUUAUGUCAAAGCAGCAGUCAAUAACGCUAGAUUAGCUGCCAUCCAACCAGAAAUGUCAAAAAUCAUGGACCGUCUUAAGACUGAGCCUGAGAACACUGCACAGAUCACAAGAGAAAGAGCCUUGCUUUUCCAGAAGAAUGACGUUUCUGUGUUCAAGUCACUUUACGGUAUGGCUCAGCUUCCUUUUGCCUACGGUGUUUUCCAGGGCCUUAGAAAGAUGGCUGCUCAUCCAGUCGAGGGAUUCUCAACUCAAGGUGCACUCUGGUUCCACGAUUUGACUCAGGUCGACCCAUACUUGGGUUUGCAGGGGUUGUCUGCCCUCCUUGUUGUGGGUUUGAUUAGAUUGGGAGGUGAUGCUGGUACCAAUAUGAACCAAAUGAUGAAGAAGUACUUCUACGUUUUUCCAGCUAUGGCUUUUGUGUUCACCAUGAACUUCUCUGCUGCAGUCGCUUUGUAUAUUUCCGUGGGUACUUUCUUCUCCGUUUUACAAGGUCAGUUGUUCAAGAGUCAAGCGUUCAAGAAUUAUUAUAACCUUCCGAAACCUCCUAAGCAAGAUCUUCUGAAGCAGCCUGCUAACCUCAGUGAAUGGUUCCAGCAAAUGGCUGAAAAGCAGAGAGAUUCCACAAGAGCCAAGUUGGAACAAGCUAACAAGAAGUAUGAGGCACAGUCAAGACAUCGUCUUCACGGCAAGGAUGGUUUCGUUAAGAGACAUUAG